UCUCUUAAAUGUCGGAUCCGCGUAACUCAGGGACUGCCUGUAUAUUGUCCAUUAACUAAACUGUGCUAGUGACAGAUCACUGGCCAUAAGAACUUAAAAUCUAGAGCAGUGCUUCUUAACCUGUAGCCCAUGGGCCUCUUGUGGCCCAGUCAGUGCAGAGAUGCAGCCCAUGUGGCAUCCUCAAGGCCAUACAGGUGGUAUCGGAUGUAGCCCACAUAACACAUUGUAGGACAUAACAAAUGGUCCACAGUGGUAAAUAGGUUGAGACCCCCUGACCUAGACUCUAGUCUACGCCUCCAAGGAUCACCUUGGUAGCUGAGUGGGUGUGAUCAUGUGAUCGCUACACACCCACUGAUGGGACACUCCAGGGCUCGUGUGGCAAAGCCCUCUGGAUCUGAGGGAUGGUGUUCCCCGGCCAGGUGGCUGGGGCAAGUCCCGCGCUAAGAGGGGACAGGCACGUGGGUACAGCAGACCCAGCUAGAUCUGAAAUCGGAUCAGCUCUCACGUGUGAUAGGUUGCAGGACGGGCUGCUGCCCCUCAUCCCGGCCCUGUUCCCUGACUCACUCGCGGCUCCCGCUCCCCUUUCAGGCCCUGCACCCCGAAUCCCAGCUCCCUCCACACAGCCCUCUUGUGCCUAUGAAGCCUGACCCGCAUCCUCUGCUGUCUCAGCCCUGGGCUCCCUGCAUUGCCAGUGCCCCUCAAUCCUGACCCCCAGCCUUGGGCCUCCCCCCGUUCUGCUGAUGCGUCCACCCCACCGCCCCUGUCCUCUAGCCCUGGGCUCCGGAGCAUCAGUCCCAAUUCCUGCGACCUCCCUCUCCUGCCGCAGGGCUGCCAGGGCACGCGGGGCCGGAGUGCUGAGGACUUGCCAUGGCCAAGCUGCAGGGGCUGCAGGCUGACUACGUCUUCCGUGGAACGGAGCACGUUGUGCGGAUGACUGUGAAUGGGAGCGUCCUGGAGGUGGAAGUGGAGGACCGGCUCACCACCGAUCAGUGGAGAGGGGAGUUCGACGCCGCCUUCAUUGAAGAUUUAACUCACAAGACGGGGAACUUCAAGCAGUUUGGGAUCUUCUGCAGCAUGCUGGAGUCUGCCCUGAGCCAGCGCGCGGUCACCUUGGACCUCCUCACCUACACUGACCUGGAGGCGCUGCGGAGCCGGAAGAUCGGGGUGGGCCCCCGGCACAUGCCCUCCGCCUCCAAGUCCUCGCUGCUGAGCUCCAAGCGCUACCUCAUCCUCAUCUACUCCGUGGAGUUCGACAGGAUCCACUACCCGCUGCCGCUGCCCUACGUGGGCAAGCCGGACCCUGUAGCGCUGCAGAAGGUCAUCAGGGAGCUGAAGGAGGAGCUGGCGGUGCUGAAGGCCAGGCCGGGCAGGGAUUUCCGGGACGCAGAGAUCCGGCGCCUGCGGGACGAGCUGAGCCGGGUGCUGGAGGAGAAGCAGGAGGUGGAGACGGCUCUGCUCAGGCUGCAGGCGGAGCUGAAACUCUGCAGCAAGAGCAGUGCCGGGAAGGAGGUGAACAUCCUGAAGAAGAUCGUGCAGAGCCUGGAGGAGGAGCUGCUGAAGGAACGAACCAAGCACCAGCGCCUGGCCAGCAAGCGCCUGCAGGAGAACCGGCAGCUGGCUGACGAGCUGGCAGAGGUGAAAGCAUCAGAGAGGAGCCUCCGGGUCCGCGUGAAGAGUCUGACCAAUGAGCUGGCUUUAUACAAGAAAGGGCGCUUGACCCCCACCGGCCCGUCCCCUCAGAACCGCUCGGCGUCCUCGCGCGGCUUCAGUCACGCGGCCCCCAGCCGGAGUGAGGGGAAGGUGGAGCCGUCGGGCAGGUCCCCUGCCCAGGUCACAGGCCCUACCCUGGGCCUCUCUCCAGCGGAGAGGUCUCCAAACGAGGGGAGAUCCCGGGUCACGUGCGGCGGUGUGGGGCUGCUGGUCUCCCCUUUCCCAGGCGUCCGGCCGCCGCGCUUUGACCCCACGGCCUUUGUGAAGGCCAAAGAGCGGAAGCAGAAGGAGGCUGAACUGAAAAAGGGCCAGCCUGUGGUGGAGAGCUUCCGCAGCCGGCGCUCGUCAGCCAGCUCCGGCAGCGAGGCGGAGGACUGCUCCGAGCCGGUACCCCUCAGCUGGGGCAGGCGGCGAGCUGCCAGGGGCAGGAAGCCCUUGAGUGCCUCCACCUGGAACGGCCCUAGCGGGCUCCAUGGGGUGCUCCCACCAGAGGGGGAGCUGCUGAGACAAGCCGGCCAGGUGCCAGGGACCCGCGUUCUCCUGCUUUCCCCCAAACGUCUCCUCCCUCAGCACCUUCCCUCUGCAUACCCAGACCUAGGAGCGCCCCUCCGCCUGGCCACGAGCCCUCGGAUGCUGCGCACAGGGCUGCAGGGAGGUUUCCACUCCUGUGGCCGGGAUGCUCUCGGUCCCGGCUGCUCAGGGGACGGGGGCUUGGCUCGCAGGGCUGGCCGGGUGUGGCAGGGCCCCGCCAACGCCUGCUCGUCUCCUCCGCCAGAGAACCUGUACGACGAGCCCUCGGCCGACCUGUCGGAGAUCGACGCCCGGCUGCAGGCCCUGCAGGAGUACAUGAACAACCUGGACACCAGGACGUAGCCUGGGAGGGGGAGCGGGCCCCCGGCCCGAGCACCAUCCCUGCACUUCUCUGCCCCCAGAGCCCCUGGAACCCUUGCUCUGCCCUCGGGGCAGGACAGGACUCUGCUCCGACUGGACAAGAGAUCAGCAAGGGGACUGUUCGGGGGAGGGGCCCAGGAUCCGAAUCCCCCCAGGGCUUGUUCCCAUCCGAAAUCCCAGCCCCGCGGGCAGGCGGGUGGCUUGGUAGUGGCACCCAGGAGCAAAGGAUCAUGGGAGAUUUCCUCCUGGGAGUGACUCCCUUCGCUGUGGUGGCGGCUGGGACG